AUGAGAGCAGCACUGUUCCUUAUAAUUGCCCACGUUUACUGCGCGUUCGCCGAACCGGAAAUCGGGCCAUGUUUUGUUGACACAGGGGAUUGUCCCAGCGAGAACGUCGAGUUUUGGCUCUACUCCAAGGAAACACGUGAUUCGCCAGUGCUGCUAGACCCGCUGGAUUUGAAUCCGAGCGACUUCGAGCCACCACGUCCAAUUGAUAUUCUGAUCCAUGGCUUCACUGGCAACCGAGACGCCACUCCCAACUCCAACGUACGUCCUGCCCUGCUCGAUCACGAGGAUGUCUACGUUAUUUCCGUCGACUACGGUCCCUUGGCGCCAGCGCCCUGCUACCCACAAGCCGUGGAGAAUUUGCCGCUGGUGAGCAAAUGUCUCGCCCAGCUCAUCAACAAUCUACUGGAUCGUGGAAUUUCUCAGAGCGAUCAACUGCACAUUAUUGGCUUCAGUCUGGGCGGGCAUGUGGCCGGACAGACGGCAAAUUAUGUGACGGAAAAGCUCCACCACAUAACUGGCUUGGAUCCGGCCAAGCCAGGCUUCAUCACGAAGCCUGAUACAGAACGAUUGGAUCCCUCGGAUGCGAAGCUCGUCGAUGGCAUACACACCGACGUUUUGGCUUUUGGCAUGCUCGGCUCCUUGGGGCAUGUGGAUUUUUAUCCGAACUACGGAGCUGCACAGCCGGGCUGCCUUCUAGAGAAUCCUUUCACCUGCAAUCAUAAUCGCGCGCCUAUCUACUACGCCGAGUCCAUAUAUUCGGAGAAAGGAUUUUGGGGACGUCAAUGCAUCGAUGGGCUCGUCGGUCUCUUGGAUCCAUGUUCGGAGGACACCCCAGAGGCUCUAAUGGGUUAUCAUGUAUCACGCGAUGCGCGUGGCGAUUAUUUCCUCAGGACAGCGAGCGAUGAUCCCUACGCCUUGGGUCGAGACUCUGGAGAAAACAAUGUGAUUGGGGGAACUCUACAAGAUAUUACUGGUAUAUUGUAG